AUGUCUUCUGUGGAGGAGUGUGCAUGUAACAAGUUAAACUCUUUCAAAAGUCCAUGGUGUAAUGCUGACUGUUUUGUUGUAAUUACUGGUGCAAGUCGUGGAUUCGGUCGUGCGUUUGCUGUGGAACUAGUAAAGUCAAUGUCAUCCGGAAAAGACCAUGCUGCUUCUUUGAAUGUUUUAUUAAUGGCUCGCGAUGUUAAUGCUCUUCGUAUAACAGAGUCCGAGAUGUAUGCUUCAUUGUCAACUAAUUCUGAAAUGAAAUUAACUAUCCUAGUUUCAACAUCAUCACUUGAUAUGUCCAAUGCUAAUAAAGAAAAUUUACUCAAUGAUUUAAAUCCGUUAUUUCAAUUAGCUUCAUCAUAUCCUAUUAAAUCGAAUAUUCAAUGUCAAUGGAAUAUGCUUGUACAUAAUGCAGCUACAUUAGACUAUUUUACAUCUUAUCAUCAACCUAUUACAAUUGUGAAUAUAUCUAGUUUAGCAGCGGAUCAACCAUUUCCAUGUAUGUCAGACUAUUGUAUUAGUAAAGCAGCUAGACAAAUGUAUUUUAAAUGUUUACCUAUAGAUAAUCCAUCAUUAGCUAUAUUGAAUUAUUCACCUGGACCAUUAAAUACAGAUAUGUUGAAAGAAUUAAUAGAAAAUCAUGGGAAUCUAAAAACUCGAAAUGAAUUCAGCGAAAUGAAAAUGAAUGGUAAAAUAAUUGAACCAAAUGAAUCAGCACGUGUUUGUAUAGGAUGGCUUAAACGACAAAUUCCAAUAGAACCAUCUAUCAUAAAUUCUAUACCUCGAUUAAUACAUUGUUCAAUACAUGAUAAAGAUUAUAUAAAUGUAUGGUUAGGUUUACGUUUAGAUUAUUAUGAUGCUGUUGGUAAAGUUUAG